CUUCUCAGAACGUGCAGAAGUGUUAGGCUGUGAACUCAGAGCAAGGCAAACAGUUUGUUAUUUUCAGCAGUGACAUUAUGGCAGCAGCGGCACCUGAUGAUGAUUUCAAUAAAUCUGAAUGCAACAGCUCUGACUUUGAAGAUUCCUCUGAGCUGAGGGUUGUUCUGCUGGGGAACAAAAGGCCUCAGAGGAGUUCAGUGGGAAACUUCAUACUGGGAGUAACUGUGUUCAACACAGAGGAAAAAGCAGACCUCUGUCUGAGAGUUAAAAGAGAGCUGAAAGGAAAAGAAGUAGAUCUCAUCAACACUCCAGAUCUGCUGUCAUCUAAAAUCGCCCCAGAAGAGCUGCAGAAACACAUUGAAAAUUGUGUGAGACUCUCUGCUCCUGGACCUCAUGUGUUCCUGCUGGUCAUCCAGCCUGCAGACUUCACUGAGGAUCAGAAAAACAAGCUACAAACAGUCCUCGAAUCCUUUGGUGACCCAAAAUUUGAUCAUUCUCUGUUACUGAUCACACCCAAAGACAAGAGUUCAAGUUCAAUUGAAAAGUACCUGCAACACCCACAGUUAGGAGAUAUAAUCAAAAAAUGUAGUGACAAAUUGUUGUGGCAGAAGAAUCUGGAACAAGCACAGCUGUUGGCAGCCAUAGGUGCAGUGGUGAAGAAGAACAAGGGAGAACAUGUGAGCCAUAAUGUUUUCAAAGAAGCUAAACCCAUGAAUCUGAAAUCCAGUGUGAACCUGGUUCUGUGUGGGAGGAGAGGAGCAGGGAAGACUUCAGCAAUCAAGGCCAUUUUAGGUCAGACUGAGCUUCAUUCAGUCUCCAACUCAGAGUGUGUUAAACAUCAGGGAGAGGUGUGUGGACGCUGGGUUUCCCUGGUGGAGCUGCCUGCCUUGUAUGGAAAAACUCAGGAGGCAGUUUUGGAGGAAUCAUCCAAAUGUAUCUCUCUCUGUGAUCCUGAGGGUGUCCAUGCCUUCAUCCUGGUCCUACCUGUGGCUCCCCUCACUGAUGAAGACAAGGAAGAGUUAGAGACCAUCCAGGACACCUUCAGCUCUCGAAUCAAUGACUUCACCAUGAUUCUGUUCACCGUGGAGUCAGAUCCUACAGAUCCAGCUGUUGAAAAUGUUGUAAGGAAAGACAAAGAAAUUCAGCAGCUCUGCCAGACCUUCAGACAAAGACGUGUGGUUCUCAACAUCAAGGACAAGCACCAGAUUCCAGAGAUAUUUGAAGCUGUAGAAAAAAUGACUCAGCCCAUGGGCAAACCAUGCUCUUAUACAACUAAAGGGUUUUUGCAUGCACAAAUGGAAAAAGUAUUACAGCUGAAGAUGAAUAUCAUCACUGGUAAUCAAGAUGGAAACCAGGGCUCAGACUGUCUCAGGAUUGUGCUCAUUGGGAAGACUGGCUGUGGAAAGAGCUCUACAGGAAACACCAUUUUAGGGGAAGAUGAGUUUAAAGCAGAAUCAAGUCAACUAUCAGUCACCCAAUGUUGUCAGAAAGCACACAGUGAGGUGGACGGUCGUCGUGUUGUCGUAGUCGACACUCCUGGUCUGUUUGAUACAACUUUGUCCAAUGAAGAGGUUCAUGAGGAGAUGGUGAAAUGCAUCAGUCUUCUGGCUCCAGGACCACAUGUCUUCCUGUUGGUGUUACAGGUGGGCAGAUUCACAGCAGAGGAGAAAGAAACACUGAAACUCAUCAAAAAAGCAUUCGGGAAGAAUUCUGAAAAGUUCACCAUUAUUCUUUUAACGAGAGGAGAUGAUCUCGGGAGUGUGGGAGACUCUAUUGAUGACUACAUCAAGAAAAAAUGUCAUAGUUCCUUCAAGAAACUGAUUUCAGACUGUGGAGGAAGAUACCAUAUUUUCGAUAACUCUGACAAGCAAAACCGCACACAAGUCAGUGAGCUGAUAACAAAGAUCGACACCAUGGUGAAGGAAAAUGGAGGACGCUUCUACACCAAUGAGAUGCUGCAAGAGGCUGAAACAGCAAUAAAGAAGGAAAUGCUGAGGAUUCUGAAGGAGAAGGAAGAUGAGAUUCAGAGAGAAAAGGAAGAGAUUGAAAGAAAACAUAAGGAAGAAAUGAAAGCCAUGAAGAAAAGAAUGAAUGAAGAUAAAGAAAAAAUGGACCAGGAGAGAAAACAGAAAGCCAAAAAACUCAAGGAAAUGGAAGAAGAAAUUCAACUGGAACGAGAGAAGAGAAAGAAUGAGCAGGAAAUCAGAGAAAAAGAGAGAAAGGAAAAGGAAGCUGAAGAAGAAAUACGUCGAGAGGAAUUUAUAAAAGAGCUUGAAAAGUUGGACAGACAAAUUAAGCUAGAAAAAGAGGAAAAGAAAAGUGUUAGCAGAGAGCUGGAGGAGACUAGAGAAGAGAUGAGAAGAAAACAAGAGGCCUGGGAGAAGACGCUAACAGAAGAGUGGGAAAAACAAAGGCAAGAAGAUGAAAAGAGAUUGCAGAAGGAGAAACAAGAAAUUGAAAAAUUGCAGGAAAAUUACAAUCAAGAAAAACUACGACAUGAAAAAAACAAGCAAAAAGAGGAUCAACAACGAAGAGAACAGGAGGAACAAAAGAUAAAAGAACUAGAGGAAAAGUAUCAGAAAUCCCUGGAAGAUCUAAAGAAGAAUUAUGAAGAGGAAGCCAGAAAGAAAGCUGAAGAGUUCAAUGAAUCUAAGAAGAAACACAAGGAGGAAAUAGAAGCUCAGAAAGAAGAGCAUGAGAAGGAAAUGAAUGACUUAGUGAAACGUGUGACCAAAAAGAGUGAAAACCUGAAAAAGAUCAAGAAUUUAGUAGAAAAACAUGAAAAACAAACGAGGAAUGUGAAAAAUGAGGAGGAAAAAGAAGCUCUACAGGAAACACAUGAAAAACAACUGAGUGAGUUGAUGCAAGAAAUCUUGAAGCAAGGAGCCGAUGACACAUCAGCCUGCAGCAUUUUAUGAAGAGAAGUGAACUUUUUCACGUUUGCGUCUUUUUCUGUCAUUUAGAUAACAAAAGAAGCACAGAUUUGUUGUUCUGCAUGUUUACAUCUCCGGCAUAUCCUGGCCACAGAAAAUGAACCUGAUUGUAUCAUCUAAAGCAGGGGUAUUCAACUCCAAGCCUCGAGGGCCGUGUCCUGCAGGUUUUAGAUGUGUCCCUGAUCCAACACACCUGAAUCAAAUGGCUGAAUUACCUCCUCAGUAUGCAGUCAAGUUCUCCAGAGUCCUGCUAAUGACUUCUAUAUUUGACUCAUAUUAAGAUUUUAUAAGAUUAUAUUAAGAUUUGUUGUGUUUUUACCCAAGAUAGUUGCCCCACAUGGUUUAUGCAUUGUUUUGUUUGUCACUGCAUCAAAGGACAAAUGU